AUGAUGGAUCCGCGAAAGAUAUUUGGAAUCAGAGCCAAGGCAUCGAAGAGACCAAAUCACAAGACCUUCGUGGCCGAAGCAGCUUUGAACGCUCGUCAACCCCUGACAACGGUGACAAACAAUCAUGGUUCGACUUUUGUAGUCGUCAAGCCACAAGAAACCAACAAGAUCAAGAGCAAGACUGUCAAGAGCGUUGAUAUCCAGACCAAGACGAAGAAUGCCGACAAUAUUGGUCAAGCCCUCCUUCGACGCCGCUCGAUGGAACAUAUCCCGUGGCUGCUCAAGAAUCAGUCGGCCGUCACGAAGAACGAUCUGCUCGGUAUUUUGUCCUCUAAGGAACGAGCCGAUCAAUUUGGCGAACGCAUUGUCCGAGAGCUCUUUCGCGCGGACGAAAUGGAAGAGAGCCACGUCCUGGAAGCGCUGCAACUGAUUCAAGUGCUUAUGGGGCUCCUCCCUGCGACGAGUAAGUGGCGAUGGCAUUUGAUCGAAUCCUUGGCCCAUUGUGGCGCCAUAGAAGCCAUUCUGACCAAGUUGGAACGCGUCGCAAGCCCCAAACUACAACGACGUUGCCUCGCUGUCUUGGCGCAUUUGAGUGACCAUCCUUCCAUGCCGAGCAAACUAUUCCAUCCAACGAAUUUCGGCGUGACAAUCAAGGUGAAGCCCAUGCUUAGUUUGAUGGUUUUGCUUCGUGGGAAUCAGCAAGAUCCCGUCCUUCUCUCUUGCUGUUGCUACAUUCUGUACAAUUACUGCCUGUACAAUCGCCAAGAGGCGACACGCACGAUUGUUUCCACCCCGAAUUGCCUCGAAUGCUUGGAACGGGCUCACUUUUACGCUGCCACGUACCACCCCAACGCCAUGAUUGUUCAGACGGUCAACGAGAUCUUUCGACGAAUGGCUUUUACAAUGCAAAGCUCCAUGAAGGACAUCAAGAAGGCCAAGUUUGGCAAAGAGGAACAGGAAUGUGAGGUCCACCGAGGCAACCGACCCCGCACAACGACACUGUACGAUAUGGACCGGGUUGACAACGAUAUCAAAUACACUGUAUUGUGA